AUGCAGCACGUCCUCUUCGGCGAGCAGCACCUCUUAGUCGUCCAAUACCGUCGAUCCGGUCAGGGGCAGCACGUCUUCCACGACCAGCUCUACCUCUUCGACAUCUUCGAGCAGCACUUCUUCUACGUCCGGUACCGUCGACCCAAUCAGCGGCAGCACGUCGUCCACGUCUUCCUCGAGCAGCGUCGCCAGCUGUCCAACCCUCAGCGCCUCCACCUCGACCCACAAUUUUACCAUUACGGCCACUUCCAAUGUGACGCUUACUAUCUCUCCGACUUGUUCUUCAACCACCUGUCCAAGGCGCAGCACUGUCACUACCACGGCAUGUCAUCCACGCUUAACAAACCCUGCCUUCAAUUAACUAACAACCAGCAGAGCAUCACGACCUCCCCAACCACCCUCACACGCACCCGAACCACCACCACCACCACAACCCAGAACAUCACCCAAACCGCCACCACAACCACCACCACCACCUCCACCCCCGGCGCCAUCGUCAACCUCCUCGCCUACCCCGCCCGCUUCUGCGCCGUCUCUCCCGUGUCCCGCAACGGCAACGUUCCCAACCUCCAACCCAUCACGCUCCGCCUCCCCUCCGACCGGUCCGGAGACGCUCCCUACACCGGCUCCAGCGACUGCGUGCGCACGCUCGACGGCCCGGCGUCCUUCUCCUGGGACACUAUUUCGUUCGGCGAGAUUCCGGGCGAUUGCACGGUCAACUUUUAUCAGGGGGAUAGCUGUUUCAAUGAGGAUGAGGGGGUGAGGUCGUUGGGGUUGGUGAAUGGGCAGGGUGGAUGUCAUAAUUUGAGGGGGGUGGGGAGUGUGCAGGUUGUUUGUGAGGGGUCUUAG